UCGAUAAUUAUAUCGUAAGAUUAUUCGGUUGUUGUUGUUGUUGUUGUCGUCGUUAUUAUAAUUGAAGAUGCCGCCUAAAACGAGCGGUAAGGCAGCCAAGAAAUCCGGCAAAGCAAAGAACAUCUCCAAAUCGGACAAGAAGAAGAAGCACAAGAAGGAGAGCUACGCUAUUUACAUCUACAAAGUUCUGAAGCAGGUGCAUCCCGACACCGGUAUCUCAAGUAAGGCCAUGUCUAUCAUGAACUCCUUCGUGAACGAUAUAUUCGAACGCAUCGCCGCCGAAGCAUCACGUCUCGCGCACUACAACAAGAGAUCCACCAUUACAUCGAGGGAGGUUCAGACGUCCGUGAGACUGUUGCUGCCCGGCGAGUUGGCCAAGCACGCCGUCAGUGAAGGGACCAAAGCCGUCACUAAGUACACCAGUUCCAAGUGAAAUGUUUCGUUAUUAAAUAACGAAAAAAAAAAAACGUUAUAACAUCAUCAUAAAACAACACUUAUAAUAAUUAUCACCUAUCAUAUAGGAGGUGUAUAUGUGAUUUUAUAAGAUUAUAAAA